AUGGCGGCGGCAGCGGAAGCCGCUCUGGCCGCUCAGGCCCGUCUCUAUGGUUCCCCCGCCGCCGUUACUCCUCUAUGGCGGCGGCGCUCCGGGUCCUCCCGCCCGCCAGGGGGCGCCGCCUCCCCGGGGCCGCUCGGUGCCGCCACAUCCGGGUCCCGCGCGGCGCGAUGGCGGCCGAGGGGCCCGAGGAGGGACCCGGGGGCUCCGCGGGCUCCGGGGAGGCGAUGGACGGGGACGGGGACGGCGCCUCCCCAGCCGAGCCCCCCCCGCCCGCUCCCCCGGAUCCCGAUCCCGGUACCGAUCCUGGUACCGAUCCCGAUCCCGGUGCCGGAGCUGAUCCUGAUCCCGAUCGCGGUACCGGAGCUGAUCCCGAUCCCGGUACCGGAGCUGAUCCCGGCGCCGAUCCCGGUACCGGAGCUGAUCCCGAUCCCGGUGCCGGAGCUGAUCCUGAUCCCGAUCGCGGUACCGGAGCUGAUCCCGAUCCCGGUACCGGAGCUGAUCCCGGCGCCGAUCCCGGUACCGGAGCUGAUCCCGAUCCCGGUACCGGAGCUGAUCCCGAUCCCGAUCCCGGUACCGGAGCUGAUCCCGGUGCCGGCGCGGCCCCUCCCCCCCCGUCGGCCCCGAACGGCGCCCCGCCCCCCGCGGAGCCGCCCCCGGAGCAGCCGCCGCCGUUCCCCGCCGAGUUCCAGCGGCUCUGGGCGGCGGCCCAGGGCAGCCCCCACGACUUCGGGGCCUGGACCGAGCUGCUGGCCUACGUGGAGCAGGAGGAGCUGCUGGAGGCCGCCCGCCGCGCCUUCGACGCGUUCUUGCAGCGCUACCCGUACUGCUACGGCUACUGGCGCAAGUACGCCGAGCUGGAGCGGCGCCUGGGCAGCGCCCGCAGCGCCCAGCAGGUGCUGGAGCGGGGGCUGCAGUCCAUCCCGCUGAGCCUGGAGCUGUGGCUGCACUACAUCGGCCUGCUGCAGAGCUCGCUGGACCCCGCGCGGCCCGAGAGCGCCCAGCGCGUGCGCGGGGCGUUCGAGGCGGCGCUGGCGGCGGCAGGGAUGGAUUUCCGCUCGGACAAACUCUGGGAAUCCUACGUGGAGUGGGAGCGGGAGCGCGGCGACCUGCGGGCGGUCACGGCCAUCUACGACCGCCUGCUGUCCAUGCCCACGCAGCUCUACAGCCACCACUGGGAGAGGUUCAAGGAGCACGUGCUGCAGCACCCGCCCGGUGCCAUCCUGUCCCCCGAGGAGCUGCUCUGGCUCCGCUCCAAGCUCGGCCCCGGCCCCGAGCCCGCGGAGCCGCCCCAGGGCCCGGGGCAGGAGGAGGAGCCGCCCGGGGCCCCGCCCGAGCCUCAGGAGGAUCUGGACCAAGAGAAGAUCCGGGAGCUCGUGAUCUCCAUGAGGCAGCAAAUUUAUGCCCAGAACGAAGCCGAAGUCAGCAAACGCUGGAACUUCGAGGAUGGGAUCAAGCGUCCCUAUUUCCACGUGAAGCCCCUGGAGCGGGCGCAGCUGCGGAACUGGCGCGAGUACCUGGACUUCGAGGUGGCCGCGGGCUCGCACGAGCGCAGCAUCGUCCUCUUCGAGCGCUGCCUCAUCGCCUGCGCCCUCUACGAGGAGUUCUGGGUCAAGUACACGCGGUACCUGGAGUCACGCACGGUGCCGGGCGCCCGCAGCGUUUUCCAGCGCGCCUGCGGCUUCCACCUGCCCCGCAAGCCCAACAUCCACCUGCUCUGGGCCGCCUUCGAGGAGAAACAAGGCAAUGUGGAUGAGGCCCGGCGCAUCCUGCGCAGUUUUGAAGCAGCAGUCCCAGGCCUGGCCAUGGUGCGGCUGCGCAGGGUCAGCCUGGAGCGCCGGCACGGGCGCGUGGCCGAGGCCGAGGCGCUGCUGCUCGAGGCCAUGCGAGCCAACGAGGGGCUGCCCCUGGGCUCCUUCUACGCCGUCAAGCUGGCCCGGCAGGUGUGCAAGGUGCAGAAGAACCUGGGCAGGGCGCGCAAGGUGCUCGUGGAGGCGCUCGAGAAGGACCCGGAGAACGCGCGGCUCCACGCCAACCUGCUGGAGAUGGAGUUUGGGGCGGACGUGGGGCAGAACGAGGGCAACACCAUGAGCUGCUUCGAGCGCGCCCUGCGCAGCCCCCUGCCCGACGAGGCCAAGCUGCUCUUCUCGCAGCGCCGCGUCAAGUUCCUCGAGGACUUCGGCUCCAGCAUCCACAGCCUGCUCAAGGCCUACGAUGAGCACCAGAAGAUCCUGAAGGCGCACGCGGCCCGGAAACGGGCGCCCGAGAACGGCUCAGAAGAACCCGACGACAAACGGCUCCGUCCCGACGACCCCUCGGGGCCCCUGGGACCCCACAACGUUUCAGGAGGGGGAGACCCCAACCCCUCCUACAGCUACUGGUACCAGCAGGGCUACGGCACCUACGGCUACCAGAGCCCCUGGGGCUACGGCCACUACUACGGGCAGAGCUGAGGAGGGGGCUCGGCCCCCCCCCACCCCCACCCUGUACAGACUGUGGGACCCCUCCCCCAAAAUUUGGGGGGGGGGGGCGUUGUAAAUAAAGAGGCUGU